AUGCCAAUCGCCGCGGCCGGACAGCCGACGACCCAGGAGCCCAGAGUGUGCCCGCGGCUGCCCUCCACCCCGGAGCCCGUCCCCAAAGGGGCCGACCUAUUCGACGAGGCGGGGGGGCUGACGGAGGGGUCCCCGGGCGGGUCGAGGGGCUUUGUGCACCCCGGUGGUUCUCCUCCACAGUCCCCUAUCACAUCACCCCCCUCUUCUUUCUCCUCCUCUCCCUUCCUCCACCCACACCAAAUGCAAAUGGGCAUGGAGCCCCCGAGGACUCGGUCCCGCUCUCGGUCUGGAUAUUACCAGCAGUACGGGGUCGGGGGGAAUGGAGGCAUGCUGACAGGUGGAGGAGUUACGGUCUCCAGCCUCCAGCACCAUCACCACCAGCUCCACCCUAACCAGCACCACCACCUCCACCCUCACCAGAACUACCCUAACCAGCUCCACCCUCAGCAGCAGCAGCUGGGGGCCGGGCGGGACGCCUCGCUGGGCAUCCAGAGACUGUCCUCUGUAUCCGGAGUGCACCGCAUCCCCGUGGCAGGUGAGAAAAAGAGGUCCUUAGGGAGGGAUUACCAUCCUCUAUGUCUGAAGUGUCACAAAUGUAACAGACAGCUCACAGCCGGGCAACACGCAGAGUACGAUGAGAAGCCAUUUUGUUCACACUGCUACAUGAAGAUGUUCGGCCCCAGAGGUACACGGUCCCAUCUCUCUGAACUCACCCUAAACCUUUAUGUAAAGGCAAUUUCUGAGUUUCUUUCUCUGUCUGACUCCUUCUUGACAGGCAACAGGUGA